UCCCGAACUGAAAGCCAUUCGCAUCUCAAAAGCCAUCAUCAGGUCGCUACGGUCGCCGGUGUCCUUACUCGCAGCAGCAGACGUCAAUUUUCCGCAGCCACCGCCCUUCUCCUUCCCCCUUCCCCUUCCCCUUCCCACCUCAUGGACUUCCCUAGUCCCACGACACGCCCUCUUCCUUUUAUACGUACAUACAGGCAACAAAUACGGACGCCUUUCGAUUCUCUAAUUGCUGUUUUUCACUGCCCAGAUCCACUUUCUCCUUUGGUUGCUACUCGCCACGCUCCGGCGAAUCAUUCCCAUCACUUAACAACCCUCUAUCACAAAUCCCUACCCGAGCAUCUACCCACUCUGCGCCUCGUUGCACCGGUGCUCUGGGCUCAGCAACUGCCAUUGCCCAUCUCGAUCGCUUCUAGACCACUUCUCUCUCAAGCUCUAUCAACUCCGCCGGAUGAUCUUCACGUAAGCCGUCUCAGGUCACAAAGUUCCUUACCUUCGUAUAAUCCAGAUCCAGCUUUCGAUAGGCGAAUAAUUUUUGCCUUUUCCAAGACUGUUAGGGGGUUAUCUAUUUGAACUCUCAAACUGAUUGGGUACGAUUAAGUGUCGCCUUACAACGAUUCAGAAGCAUUCGAUUUCGAUCAGCCUUGGUUACAAGCACUUCCUCGACAGUCGACCUCUGCCCACUCCGUACGCCACUCCUUAUAUUCGCCACGGUAGACCUAUACAAAGUUCAGACAUCGAAGAAUACACUGCUCAUCCGUUGUUUAAUCGUCAAUCGUCCUUGGGCUUUCGAGAUCUUUUCCACUGCAAAGUUCACCGUCGAAGUCUCCUGGUCCU